AUGAGUCUCAGUCCGCAAAAGGUCGAUUUUGAGAAGAUAUGGAAUGGACUGCAGGAGGGGGUGGCCAACAUCAUCACCCUCACGGGCGUCAAGGGCAUGCCCAUGAUCGAGGACAUCUAUAAGCUCUGCACAGCUACGCCUCAACCCUAUUCUGAGGAGCUCUACCUUCGCCUUCGCGCUUUCCUCGAGCGGCAUGUCGGCGCUCUGCGCGAUGACAUGCUUGAGGGUCAGGGGGAUUUGCUUGCAGACUACUUGAAGAAAUGGGAAGCCUACUCGACUGGCUCAGAAUACUGCCAUCACAUCUUUAGAUAUUUGAACAACAACUGGAUCAGAAAGCGCCUGGAGGACUCGCGCAACAAGCUGGGCGGCUUCUCUGCCGGUCCCUCGUCCUCAACGGAAGUCUAUGAAGUGUUCACGCUCGCGCUGGUGAUCUGGAAGGACCACGUGUUUUCGAAGGUCAAGGACCGCCUGGUGCGAUCGCUGCUCGAGCUCAUCACCAAGGAGCGCGACGGGGAGCUCAUCAACGAGCGAGUCGUCGCCGGCGUCAUCCAAAGUUUCGUCAAGCUGGGGAGUAUUAACAAGAACAAGCCGCUGGAGAUUUACAAGGACUUCUUCGAGGGUCCGUUCCUGGAGGACACGCGAGACUACUACGCGCGCGAGUCGGGCGCCUUCAUCUCGACCAACGGCGUGUCGAGCUACAUGAAGAAGGCCAAGGAGCGCCUCGAGGAGGAGGCCGGCCGCGGCAAGAAAUACCUCGACUCCAGCUCCUUCGAAAAGCUCAAACGGGAAUGCGACACAGCGUUGAUCGAGCGCCACAAGGACCUCAUGCAGGUCGAGUGCAAGACCUACCUUGCCGACGACAAGCGAGACGACCUGAGUCGUAUGUACCACCUGCUGUCGCGCAUCCCGGAGGGCAUCAAUCCCAUGCUCGAAGUUUUGCAGAAGUACGUCACCGACGUCGGCUUCGAUGCCGUCAAAUCCAUUCCCGAAGCCUCCACCAAGACGCUGCUUGACGUAUACGUCAAGUUCAGCGACGUCGUCAAGACCGCAUUCGAAAACGAUUCCGCGUUCGUCGCCUCCUUGGACAAGGCGAUGAGGCAGGUGGUGAACGACAACCCCAUCAACAAGCGGACGACCAAGUCGCCGGAGCUGCUGGCCAAGUACUCCGACUUCAUCCUCUCCAAGAGCAACAAGACCUUCGAGGACGACAAGCUCGACCAGAUGCUCAACCAAGUCCUCACGAUAUUCAAGUACGUCGACGACAAGGAUGUGUUCCAGAAGUUCUACAGCAAGAUGCUCGCCCGCCGGUUGAUCCACGGCACCUCGCUCUCCGACGACGCCGAAAGCGCCAUGAUCGGUGGCCUCAAACAGGCGUGCGGUUAUGAGUACACGUCGAAGCUGCAGCGGAUGUUCAACGACAUGGCGCUCUCAAACGACAUCAACGAGAAGUUCAAGGAGUACCUCGAGAUCAAGAGCCUCUCCAACGGCCUCGACUUCAACAUCCUCAUCCUCACCGCUGGCUCCUGGCCCCUCACCGCCCAAUCCGCCACCUUCAACGUCCCCCAAGAGCUGGAGAGGUGUGUGAACAACUUCACGGGGUACUACAACAGCCAGUACACGGGGCGGAAGGUGAACUGGCUGCACCACCUGUCGAAGGGUGACCUGAAGACGUUCUACCUGAAGAAGCGCUACGAGUUCCAAGUCACGAACUACCAGAUGGGCGUGCUGCUCAUGUUCAACAAGGCCGAGCGGCUGACGGUGGAGGAGAUCAGCUCGUCGACGAAUCUCAAGGACCGCGAGCUCACGCGCACGCUGCAGUCGCUGGUGUCGUCUAAGAUCCUGCGGAAGGAGCCCGACGGCGCGACGUGCGAGCCCACGGAUGCGGUGACGCUCAACGACCGGUUCGCGAGCAAGCGGCUGCGGUUCAAGCCGGCGGCGGUGCUGCAGAAGGAGACGAAGGAGGAGAACAGUGAGACGCACAAGUCGAUCGAGGAGGACCGCAAGCUGUUCCUCCAGGCCGCGAUCGUGCGCAUCAUGAAGGCCCGCAAGACGCUCACCCACGUCAACCUCGUCAAGGAGACCAUCUCCCAGGCCAAGGCCCGCUUCCAGCCCUCGAUCCCCAUGAUCAAGAAGUGCAUCGAGCACCUCAUCGAGAAGGAGUACCUCCAGCGCCAGGAGGGCGAGACCAACACCUACUCCUAUGUAGCCUAA